AUCACACAAACAGUUAAGAUUCUCUACACUAUAAAACCACUACAAGGCAAGUCCUGUUUUCACACACCAAAAUAACAGAGUCCUCUUCUAAGUCUUCUAACCCUUUUUGGUCACUGGUUGCAUAGCACCAAUACACCAUUCUUCAGAAAGAUGGAACAAGAAAUAAAGAACAAAAGCAUUGAUGAAAUAAGAGAAGAUGACCAUGGAAAGUGGGUGCAUGAUGGGUCUUUGGAUCACAAAGGACAGGUUCCUCUCAGGGCUUCAACGGGUGUGUGGAAAGCAUCAUUCUUCAUCAUAGUUUUGAUUAUUCUCUGCCACUAUCUUCUUCUCUUGGGAUGUACUGUAGCAAUUGAGUUCAGCGAAAGGCUAAGCUACUUCGGAAUAGCAACAAAUCUCAUCUCAUACCUCACCGGAGUGAUGCAUCAGAACACUAAAGCAGCAGCAAAAAAUGUCAACAACUGGUCAGGAGUAACAACAAUGAUGCCAUUAGUAGGAGGGUUCCUCGCUGAUUCCUACACUGGACGAUUUUCAAUGAUCUUGAUUGCAUCCAUUCUCUAUCUCAUGGGUUUGGGCCUCUUGACAAUGACUCAAAUCAUCCCAAGCCUAAAACCCUGUGGUACAGAUUUGGGCACACAGACUAGGAAGGUCCACAAUGUGGUGUUCUUUCUAGCAAUCUACCUACUAUCUUUGGGAACCGGAGGACACAAACCAUGCCUAGAAAGUUUUGGAGCAGAUCAGUUUGAUGAUGACCGCAUGGAAGAAAGGAAGCAGAAGAUGUCCUAUUUCAACUGGUGGAACUUUGCUCUCUGUUGUGGGCUGUUGCUUGGUGUAACACUAAUAGCCUAUGCGGAAGACUACGCGAGCUGGGGUGUUGCUAGUCUAAUUCUCACUGUUACUAUGGCCAUCACAAUCAUGAUCUUCUAUUUUGGGAAGGGAUUUUACCGGUAUAGAGUGCCAGAGGGGAGCCCCUUGACACCCAUGUCACAGGUUUUGGUUGCAGCCAUUAGAAAGAGAAAUAUGAGUCAUCCAUCCAGCCCUGCUUUGUUAUAUGAAGUUCCAAAGUCAGAAAAGUCCAAAGGACGGCUCCUAUGUCACACAAACAGUCUCAGAUUUCUCGACAAAGCUGCAAUAAUUGAAGGCAGUGAGAAUAUACUAAGCAGGAAACAACCAAAUCCGUGGAAACUAGCAACAGUGACCCAAGUGGAGGAGAUGAAGCUUGUAAUAAACCUAAUUCCCAUAUGGCUAACUUCACUAACAUUUGGUUUAUGUAUGGCACAAGCCCCAACAUUUUUCGUCAAACAAAGCAGUAUAAUGAACAGAAAGAUCGGUCAAAAUUUCGAGUUUCCACCUGCCUCUAUCGGUACUAUUUCUGCCAGUGGGAUGAUAAUAACUGUCAUCCUCUAUGACAAGAUCCUUGUCCCACUAUUAAGAGGAGCAACUGGGAAUGAAAGAGGCAUUGAAAUCCUCCACAGGAUUGGUAUUGGAAUGGCACUUGCUGUUUGUGGCAUGGCUAUUGCAGCAUUAGUUGAAAGGAAGAGGCUAGGAGUUGUGGAGAGAGAGAUCGUGAGAGGACAGAGAACGGAGACUCUAUCUGUGAGUGCAUUUUGGCUAGCUCCUCAGCUCAUCGUUCUAGGCAUUGCAGACGGGUUCACUCUUGUUGGGCUGCAAGAGUUUUUCUAUGAACAAGUUCCAGAUUCAAUCAGAAGCCUGGGAAUAGCUUUUUAUCUGAGUGUUAUCGGACUUGGGAACUUGUUGAGCAGUUAUCUGAUAACUAUAGUGGAUCAUAUCACCACGAGUGCUGGGAAUACUUGGUUUGGUAAGGACUUGGAUGAGAGCCAUUUGGACAAUUUCUACUGGUUGCUGGCAGUUUUGAAUGGUCUGAAUUUGUUCAUCUAUGUGGUAAUUGCAAGGAGGUUCAAGUACAAGAAUGUGCAGAGAAGUGUGUCUAAGGCUGGUAGCUCGGUGGGAGAUGGAAUUGGGUCAAUGGCUUGAUUUUCUUCUACGGCAUCGGGUAGUGAUGUGAGAAAUGGACGAAAAUGUCAGACAAGCUGCACAAGCACUGGUCCAAUGACAUCUUUAUUGUAAUUAAUAUGAACUCAAGAUGCAAUUUAUACAUAUUUAGAGUGCCUGAUGUACAAUUGUACAUACGUUUAGAUGCAUUGUA